AUGUACGGGAUCACAGUCCUGCUUCUGCGCCUCUUGUGUCGAUGGGUGAGGCGUGCUUUUCCACGGACGCCCGUUGUGUACAUCAACGUUCUCAUCUACAUAGUGAGCUCUUUUUGCCCUCUCACUAUCGGAUUUCUCCUACUCCCUCCUUCAUUCCUUCAUCUCUGGCAGGGCCCCCCUGCCUGUGUGUUUCCAUUCCGUCAACGCUGCAGCGCGCCUAUCGUCUCUGUCGUUUCUUUGUUUUUGAUUCGUUGGGGAUUUUUCUUUUUUGUGCUGACGCCUCACACGCAACUUUGCUCGGGUGAAACGCCGUCUUGUGUAUCGCGGAUUACGCCAACGCCCUCCACUCACACAUCGGCAGCAGUUUCUCCUCUUCCUUCCCUCCACUCUCUGGCGGUCAUGGCACUUUUGCUUGACGAUGGUGAGGUGUUUGUAGUGACAAAGAAGGCCCCUCAACAGCCUGCUCAGCAGGCAGCAACGGCUCAGCCGCAUCCAUGUCUGGUCUUGGACGACAAGCGAGAGGUGGGCGAUUCCAUGCAGCCGCGUGCCACUGCAUCAUCGAGCAGUGCCGAAACGAGCACUCCAUCGACGGUGGUAGCGACUCCACAUCGUGAGCACUCACGUGUUUCUCCCGAUGUGCCGGUUACGGUGCCUCUAAGGGGCGGUGAUGGCAUGCAUAAGAUGGAGGCGCUGUCGUUUGGUAAGUCUAAAGGCGUGCUUGCGCUCGACGGCGGCGCCGUUAGCCUCAAGCGCUCAGCAGAGAGUGCCUUUGGGGCUGCGGUUUUGCGAACACCGGUGGCACAGAAGACAGCAUCAGCGCAGGUCUUUGAUUACAGCACGGACGGCAACUACACACAGCCGAAGACGGUCUCUGCUGCUCGCUCACUUUCUUCUCCAUUGCCACCAAAAGAGAAACCUUCCAGCACCUCGUUGGAAACUACGCUGAUAACCCCCGAAGAACGGUCCUGGCAGGCGGUCAUCUGUACUUCACCCAACCAUCAAUGCAACUCACUCUCUGCCUCGCCGCCGGCGCGCAGUCCUUCGACUCCUUUUGCUCUAACUUGCGAGCAGACUGUGUUCAAGAGCACACCCACUUCGGUGGCUACGCAGUCCACAAAGACACAGACGAGACUGUCCGACUUCUUCACCAAGAUGGCGUGCAAGCGCUGA